GGGGCCUUAAUCAGUGGUGCACCGCGGGUAUUUACUGUAUGUAAUGACUACAAGCAGACUUGCUCAUUAGCAUCGUGUGUGCAGACGGAGACUGAUGUACUUAAAGGAGACACCCUGACAUUUUAGUUGAGGUCCUCGCUGAGAAGACUGCUGAGAAAUUACUGGGAUUUAAGAAAAAGAUCACUUCAACUUAUGAAACAUCGUCAUCUGGCUGUCUUCACACAAUAAAUCACCACAGAGGGAUUUGUACAGAAUGGGCAAGAAAAUAAGUCACUAUUGCUCACAGUGUGGAAAGAGUUUUGCCAAGCCGUAUAUUCUCAAACAACAUAUGCGCAUUCACACAGGAGAGAAACCAUAUUGCUGUUCACAAUGUGGACAGAGUUUUAGACAUAUAAGUAACUUAAACAGACAUAAACUUGUUCACUCAUUAGUAAAGUCGUAUCAGUGCUCAGAGUGUGAAAAAAGUUUUGCUAGCAGUUGGAAUCUCAAAAAACAUGAGCGCAUUCACACAGGAGAGAAGCCUCAUUGCUGCUCACACUGUGGGAAGGGUUUUAGAGACGCAGAUGAUUUAAAAGUACAUGAACGCAUUCACACAGGACUGAAGCUAUACGUUUGCUCACACUGUUGCAAGAAUUUUGGAACAUCAAGUGAUUUAAAAACCCACGAGCGCAUUCACACAAGAGAGAAACCAUAUCAGUGCUCACAAUGUGGGAAGAGUUUUACACAAUCGAGUAAUUUAAAAAACCACCAACGCAUUCACACCGGAGAGAAGCCGUAUCAGUGCUCACACUGUGGGAAGAGUUUUAGAAAUUCAGGUGCAUUUAAAACCCACCAGCGCUUUCACACAGGAGAGAAACCAUAUCACUGCUUACACUGUGGGAAGAGUUUUACACAACCAAGUAAUUUAAAAAGUCACCAACGCAUUCACACAGGAGAGAAGCCGUAUCAGUGCUCACACUGUGGGAAGAAAUUUACAAAAUCAAGUACUUUAAAAAGUCACCAACGCAUUCACACAGGAGAGAAGCCGUAUCAUUGCUCACAAUGUGGCAAGAGAUUUAGCCGUUCAAGUAGUUUGAAAGUUCACCAACGCAUUCACACAGGAGAGAAACCAUAUUGCUGUUCACAAUGUGGAUGUUGUUUUAGACAACUAAGUCACUUAAAGAGUCAUAAGCUUCUUCACUCAGGAGUAAAGUCGUAUCAGUGCUCAGAGUGUGAAAAAAGUUUUGCUUGCAUUUGGUAUCUCAAAAAACAUGAGCUCAUUCACACAGGAGAGAAGCCUCAUUGCUGCUCACACUGUGGGAAGGGUUUUAGAGACGCAACUGAUUUAAAAGUCCAUGAGCGCAUUCACACAGGAUUGAAGCCUUAUGUUUACUCACACUGUGGGAAGAAUUUUAGAACUUCAAGUGCUUUAAAAACCCACGAGCGCUUUCACACAGGAGAGAAGCCCUAUCAAUGCUCACAGUGUGAGAAGAGAUUUAGAAAUUCAGGUGGUUUAAAAAAACACCAGCACAUUCACACAGGAGAGAAGCUGUAUUAUUGCUCACACUGUGGGAAGAGAUUUACACAGUCAAGUAAUUUGAAAGUUCACCAACGCAUUCAUACAGGAGAAAAGCCCUAUCAGUGUUCACACUGUGGGAAGAGAUUUACCUUGUCAAGUACUUUGAAAGUUCACCAACGCAUUCACAAAGGUUGAACACUCACCAAAGUAUUAAUCUGUAUCACAGCUUAAACUGUGGGAAUAAUAAUUAAAAAAAAAAAAAACUUUACACAUGAGUGAAACCAUAUUAUGUUUCAUAUUGUAAUAAAAGCCACCAAUUUAUUCACAAUAUUGAGAAAUGCAUUGCUGAUCACAUUGUGAUUGCUUUAAAAAGUACCUCAUUUGGGUGCAUUGCUUAAUUAGCAGAACAGUAGAAGGCGCCUUUGUUGUGGACGGCAGAAGCGGUUUUUGAAAUUUUGAAGGACCUUUAUACUGCUACAACUUUAGCUAGCUGUGAUUACAGUAAGCCUUUCCAAUUGUAUGUGUCAGAUAAACAGGGGUUUUCUAAUGGCAUUUUAUCUCAGUAAUGUAGUUAGCAGCCAAUAAUCUCUCAUGCGUGUAAGAUAGGCUAUGAUGUGAUACUUUCUUUACCAGAGUUGACAAUUAAGAGGGACCAGACAAUUAAUCUGUCAGACAGGAGGAUGACCAUUUUGGAUGGUGAACAACAUGAUUGUUAGUUAACUUCUACUAGCACUAUGAAUGCAUGGCAGGAUUUGGAAAGUCAACCACUACCGCACACUGAUCUAACUCUUUUUGUAGAUGCUCAUCCUUAGUGGCCUAGAGGGAAAUUUGGCAAGUUAUUUGACGAGUUGUCGCCUUGUCAUGAGGUAACAGGUUUUGUUACUGUAUAGCCAAUGAACCAUGUUCAGUGCAAUUGUUCAGAAUAAUUGCUAUUCUUUGUUUUGUUUUUUCUUUUCUUUGUCUGAUUGGCUGGGGCAUGACUGAAUUUUAUCAUGGCAUCGCAUUUAAACAAGGUGUGGUGGUUAAACAGGGGGCUGCUAAGCCACUUCUUAGGUACUUCCCAGAUGCUCUCCAGUUUUGUUUUGCUGUGUUUUCCUGACAUUUUAUGCUGUUACUCUUCACUCAUUCAAUCAUUAUUCAAACAUUAUUGAUUCUUGUUACAGUACUUGUUUUUCUGUUGUUUAUUGCUGUAUUAAAUUAUUUUUUGAGGUAAUUUCUUGUCAUCUCCCUUUAGUGUCUGUAAGAAGAUAAAAUUAUGAGCGUGAUUGUCUUAAUAAACAUUAAGUUUAUUCCAGUGUAGCAGUGACAAAAUACAUGAAGUACUUUAUUAUUUAUCAGAGUUCGUCUGAGGCAGUCUGUAAUUUUUACUUGUUGAAUAUUUGAGCCAUGUGUGACAUCAAGAUUUCUGUUCUGGCACUAUAGUAGUGAAAUGAACUUUCCCUGAGCCUCUGUCUUCCUGAAAUUAACUUAAACUAAUGCGUAUUUUUUUCUGUUUGUAAUAUGUAUUUAAAAAUAUACUAUGUUUCCUCCCAACAGAGUUUUAGACUGAUGCUCUCCUUAGUCUGUGAUCCUAUUGAACCAGUUUUGAAGGAUUCAAUGAUUCAAAGCGUCUG